AUGGAGCUUACCUGGUUUGCUGAUACUCCCCAAGCGCGUCGUCGGACUAGAGCCCCUCGCGCAUGUGCUUCUUGUCAGCGAAGAAAGAAGCGCUGUCGUCAUUUGAGUACUGGGACUGGCCUGAGCCAAUGCCCCGGGGGACAGCACAAUGGAACUACUCCGCAACCAUCAGCCAUACCUUCAGACUCUGAGAGAGGUGCGCAGACGCCUGAAAUGAUACCUUCAGAGCCCCUUCACACAGAGCGUUUCGUAGGCGAUCUCAACCCUGAAGCUGCAAUUCGGGAGAAAUUGGACGUCACGGCCGAGAACCAGCUUCGUGACCGGAUCGGACUCUGGAUCAACUCGCCUGCCACGCAGAGCAAUGAAGGAGCCCGAUCGCAGACUCUAGCAUCCUUUCUACAGCAUCGAUGCGCAUCUAUAACAAGGGCCUUCGAGCGCCUUCCCCUCUCAACCCAAGAUGGAUUGAUUUCGAUCUAUUUCUCCAAAGUCAACCAUAUCCUCCCACUUGUUGAUAAGGAUUCUUUCUCUUGCGCCCACGCGGCGGGAGUGGCGUCUGUAUUCCUAGAGAAAGCUAUGUGCCUCGUUGCGGCGAAAGAUAGCGCAGCUAUAUCCCACCUUCGUCUGGCGACCAAUGGCUCUCUUCUCUCACCACGGGAAUUUUGCUCCGAGAUAUACAAAGGGCUUGUUCUCGUGAUGAAUGACGGGCUUGAAUCAGACCGGAUCACUCGGAUCCGCGUUUUGGCGCUCAUGUCUUUGCAUUGUGAAGGCUAUGAAGGAGCAGAAGCCGCCUCCAUGCAUCUUUGCCAGGCGAUCCAUCAGGCGCAGACGAUAGGAUUACAUCUCGAUAGACCCGAUCGGGCCACUUUGACCAGGGAUUUGUUUUGGUGUCUAUGGACUCUGGACAAGAUGCAUGCAUCCAUAGGUGGCCGGCCGGUGCUUCUCGCAGACCGCGACAUUGGUAUCGAGAAGCCCGAAACUAAGACCCCCCACGCUAGAAGAGCAUUUGAUGUUUGGUUUGCUAUCACAGAGUUGCUUUCGAGCGUGAUCUCGUUCUAUCGGCCAACCACGGAUCAUACAGUGGGUUGGGAGACCGAGUUUCCAACGUUUGAAGACAUCAUCGGUGACAACGUACGAGAAGACGUAGAUUUUGCUACGCUCGGCUUCCUCGAACUUUUUUAUCAUGCCGUUGGGAUUCUGUCCUGUAGAUAUAAGCCAUCCGAUUGUGCCGACAGCUCCGAGCCAUCCCAUACUCGCCAGAACCUCGCAGCGAUUCGGAUAUACUCCAUUGCUGCUACUGAAUGUAGUCAAGAGCUACCUCCGCUACCAAUAGUCCCUUAUGCACUAGCGUUAUCCAUGGGCGUCGCGUACCAGCAGUUUCGGUCGAGCAAACUGAUCACUCAUUUUGACCGAGCCAAAGCUAGUCUAGAAGCGUGCUGUUCUCUUCUCGAAGACAUAGGAAGCUGCUGGUAUUCUGCAGAAGCAAUGGCACGGCUGGGACGCAGGGCAUUGGUUCUGCAGAACGUGAAAUCUGAUAGUAGUCGGGACAUCAGGUCGCAGGGGAUAUCUCAGGCUAUGCCUGCUGCACCCGAGCAGCCCGACAAUUCCACUUCAUGCUUGGCACUCUCGUCCCAUGAAGAUACUGGGCGUGUCGGCGACACGCCUCUCAUUCCGUCAAUACCCGCACCCACCCCUGACAAGCCUCUGGGGCCCGACGACAGCGAAUUUGCCGAUAUUGAUAUACUGUUUGGAGACUUUCUGGACUUAUCCUUACCCACGAAUUUUUGGGAUCCUGUGUUCUUCUCGGACACACAUCCGUGA